UGGCGAACUGCGUUUGUCUGCAGAGCCCGAUGGGCGCGCUGACGGACAUGCACGCUUGGGCUGGCUUGGAUUCAGCUUUUCUCCCUUGGACCGUGGUCAGCUCGGCGUGUUCGCACAGCCGUCAGCUCGAUCCCUUCCCGGUGUAGUCUUUUCUUAAGUUCCUCAUCAUAGACUUCUCCGGGGGCUUCUCUCAGGUUCUUUGUCUCCUUCUCUUCGGCACGAACCCCCAAGAAUACCCCUUUCUACACGGAACGUAUCUUACUAAAUUUCCUCCUGAUAAUAUAGUCUCGUCAUCCUUGCGCAGUGCGCAGUCUCCCUCCUUUGUGCUGACUCUCUCGCUCAAAUUGUCGCAGUCAAAUAGGGUUCUGCACCACUAACCAUUUAAACUGUUCGGACCGCUCGACUGCUUCACGAAAUGAUGUUCACUUCAUUACCUUCUCAUCUGGCAUUGACGCUACUCGUAGCACUGGACUCCUUCAGUUCAUCGGGAGGAUUAUCCUCCGCUGCACCGAGUCCAAAUGCCCAACCGCUAUCGGUACCCCUGCUACGACGUUACACCCAACCACAGAACGUCACCGAGCUGGGUGCAUGGGCAAGGAACCAGCGAAUUGCGAUCGAAACGAAAUACGGAAUUCGCCCUCCUGUCGACAAACGAAGCAAUGGAAUGAAUUUAUUGACGAACCAGAAUGCUGACUCGAGUUAUUUCGGAUCAAUAGCGGUAGGGACCCCACCGGUAUCUUACGACGUCAUACUCGAUACUGGAUCUGCCGAUUUCUGGUUAGCAGCCAGCGAUUCCGAAGGAUCAAACAUUGAGUCCGAUAUUCCAAGGUUCAGCCCUCCCGGUUCAUCGUCAUUCGUCACUCAAAAUGCAUCAUUCUCCAUACGGUACGGCUCCGGCGCUGCUCAAGGCACCCUAGGCAGCGACGUUAUUCAAAUGGCCGGCUUCGAGGUUCAGAAUCAAGUUUUCGGUGUGGUUUCGCAAGUCAGUGAAAACAUGCUCAACCCACCAGUCUCUGGCAUCCUCGGCCUCGCCUGGGAGAACAUCGCCACCUCUCAAGUCAAACCCUUCUGGCAAGUCCUAGCACAGACUGAAGGCCUCCUAGACGAGCCAGUCAUGGCCUUCCAGCUCACUCGUUAUAUUGACGCUCCCCGAGUUAGAAGUGCUGAACCGGGUGGAACGUUUACGCUUGGAGCAACGAAUUCCAGUUUGUACGAGGGAGAUAUUGACUAUCAGAAUAUUCCGGACGGGAGUGUUGGGUAUUGGAUUCUGGAGAUGAGUUCUUUGCUGGUUCAGAAUCAGAACUUGAGCUUGCCCGAAGACGCCUCCUUCGCUGCAAUCGACACCGGCACCACUCUGGUCGGGGGUCCAGCCGGAGUCAUUCAAGCCAUCUACAGCGCUAUCCCAGGCAGCUCAGCCGCAACUGGCGAAUAUGAAGGCUAUUACACUUAUCCCUGCUCAACGACCGUAACGAUCUCACUUGGCUUCGGAAAUAGCACUAUAAGAUGGCCUAUUGAACCAGCUGCUUUCAGACUGGCCCGAUUGAGCGCGGAUACCUGCCUUGGCGGCUUCUUUGAGCUUUCCUCCUCUGGCAGCAGUGCGCCAAACUGGAUCGUUGGUGAUGUAUUCCUCGUAAAAAAAUGUUUAUUCAGUGUUCCGCGCUUCUAGUCCACCAGCAAUCGGCUUUGCUACCCUCUCUUCAACCGCGCUUGCUAUGAACGGCGAAGGAGGACCUUUGCCUUCACCAACGAUUGCAUCUUCUGCAGCUGCUGUCACUGCGACAGGAGUGGGGAUCGACCGAGCUAGCAGUGCAGCAACUCGGAUCUACUCAACGCCAAUGGGAGCUAUGCUGCUCGCGGUGGCGUCGACGCUCAUAUUGAAAUUACUACAAUAACUGAUCGUUCAAAUGGAAAAGGACAUACUAAUAAGGCUAUGUUGCUAUUAAGCAGAAAGACUUACUGUCAGUUGUAUUUAUGUUUCGGGGUUAACAUCGAUGAUCUAAGGACUCACAUCUUCAAUCUUACUUACUUUCACACACACUAGUUCGCAUCACACACCUUAUCACACAUUCACGACCAUUUAUUGUUCCUCACGUUUAUAGUUCUUCACCAUUUGUUCUGCUUGUAUCAGAGUGCUCCAUAACCGCUGGGAAUAUAGUGUUGUUACCAAAAGUGGCAGUAAUUACGGGACACCUGGUUGGGUUUUUUA